AUGUACUUGCUACGCAGACACAUGACCACCCUCACCACACCCCAUUGUCCUCUUUCCCAUCCAAUUCCCCGGUCCAUACCCCAGAGUGCAAUCUCAUCGGUCGUUCCCAACAACUGCAAAUCUAGCAGCAAUCCUUGUCUCACAUCCCGCCGUUACUACACGUGUAGUGUAUGUCGGCUUCAGCUCAUGGCUGUUUCGGGGCUCGUGGUGUUGGCACUGUGCAGCAUUGUUUCGUUUCAAUCCAUGUUCCCCCGUGCCCCGUCGGUACUCCCUCCGGUCUAUCACUAUCCUAUGAUAUCCCCCCGAUGGUCUUCGGACGUCCAUCCGGUCCGGAAUCUUCUUGGGCUCGGGGCACUAUUGGACACGGGACGCACGGGCUAG